GACCUGACCUCACCUGACCUGUCCCUAAAUAAUACUUUCUACACCGAACCACCUUAUUGUUGCACUACUUCGCGGAUAAAAUGUGCGUCCAAGGCUGUGUCAUUAUAUGUUAGUGAUGUGGAACUACGAUAGUAGAAAUAUGACGAGAACAAAUUUGUUAAUUAAUGUGUUAUUCCUAUUUAUUGCGAUAAUAAUUAAUGAAAUACCCGAGUGUUUCUCGGCGUUAUCGGACAAACGGCUGUGUUAUGAUCCGAACUGUUCCGAGCCCGUCUCGCUAGCAAGAACCUCGAUUAAAUACAUGCCGAAUGAGCCAGGCCUGUUGCCGUUCGACGUAAACGUAAUAGUGAAAGUUUACAGUAAAGAAGCUGGCAACAGGACUGAUUUGUGGGGUGUAGAGAUUAAUGGUAAACACGGAUAUGUACCAAAAGAGUUUUUGAAAGAAUAUAAGAUUUUACAUAAAAAAUUGCUGUAUGAAGUGUCCACUGAUUCUUUACCUAGCAAGAAACUUUCAUCUGGAGGUGUAAAGGAAAUUCAUGCAUCACGUGAACAAAAUGAUAAUUUAGAUCUAAAACCCACAGAAAAACUGCCACAGACUAAAGUGGACGCCACUCCGCCUUACGAAGUUAUAGACGGAACCACGGUUCAUUUAGACCAUAAAGAGCCUCCUGUACAGCCAGCUUUUGUAAAAGAAGUUAUACAAGCAACAGUAGUGCCAAAUGGAAAUGCAAUUAAUGAUUCAGCAAUUAAUGCCACUGAGUCAAAUAUUUUUAGAGACAAUAUCGAAGUAUCUGAAGAAUCUGUAAAAACAGAGGAAGAGACUGUGAAAACAAAGGAAGAAACUGUGAAAAAAGAGGAAGAGGCUCUUAAAGUCAAUGUUACAGACUUUGUAACUACUUCUGAAGAGAUAUUAGACACUACAGUACUAAGUAGUGACACAAAAUCAGAUAAAGAAACAUCUGAUUCCAUAUUAUCUCAAAUUAAAGAGGAAAAUAUCCAAAUUAAAGUUAAUGUAACAUCAACUCUAUCGAGUGACACAAAAGACGAUACAGCAGAUUCUGAUAAGGGUAAAGUAGUAGAUUUUACAACUUCGAACAUUCCAGAUGCUGAAUUAAUAGUUCCAAGUACAAAAAAUGUCGAAAAUGAUACAAAUGCAUCUGAAAAAAUAGAAACUGCUACAGAACUCGAUACAACAGAGGCUAAAGAAAAUGUAACAAUUAAUGCACAGGCCGAGCAUUUAGAAAGUAUCACAAAAUUAGAAUCAGAGCAAUCCGAACGAGAUGUACCAAAAAUAAGUGGCAUUGCCUCGUCAUUGAACAUAAGUGCAAUUCUUGAUAAUGUAGAGUACGAUGUAAAGAUUGAAGAAAAUAAGAAGGUAGAAGUCAUUGAUACUAGCAUUCCACAGACAAUUACAGCUGAUGAUGGUAAAGAAACAGUGAAUGCAGAAAAUAAAACUCAGUUAGAUGAGAAGGGCAUCAUUUCGGGCAAAGAGAUCGACGUUAAGUCGGAUGUACAGACUGUAAAAACUACAGAUGAGAUUAAAAUAGAUGAUAAAACCGUGAGUAUUGAAACGACAGAUAAAGAAACAUCUGAUUCCACAUUAUCUCAAAUUAAAGAGGAAGAUACCCAAAUUACAGUUGACGUAAAAGAAGAUACAGCAGACUCUGAUAAGGUUGAAGUAGUAGAUUUUACAAUUUUGAAAAUUCCAGAUGCUGAAUUAAUAGUUCCAAGUACAAAAAAUGUCGAAAAUGAUACAAAUGCAUCUGAAAAAAUAGAAACUGCUACAGAACUCGAUACAACAGAGGCUAAAGAAAAUGUAACAAUUAAUGCACAGGCCGAGCAUUUAGAAAGUAUCACAAAAUUAGAAUCAGAGCAAUCCGAACGAGAUGUACCAAAAAUAAGUGGCAUUGCCUCGUCAUUGAACAUAAGUGCAAUUCUUGAUAAUGUAGAGUACGAUGUAAAGAUUGAAGAAAAUAAGAAGGUAGAAGUCAUUGAUACUAGCAUUCCACAGACAAUUACAGCUGAUGAUGGUAAAGAAACAGUGAAUGCAGAAAAUAAAACUCAGUUAGAUGAGAAGGGCAUCAUUUCGGGCAAAGAGAUCGACGUUAAGUCGGAUGUACAGACUGUAAAAACUACAGAUGAGAUUAAAAUAGAUGAUAAAACCGUGAGUAUUGAAACGACAGAUAAAGAAACAUCUGAUUCCACAUUAUCUCAAAUUAAAGAGGAAGAUACCCAAAUUACAGUUGACGUAAAAGAAGAUACAGCAGACUCUGAUAAGGUUGAAGUAGUAGAUUUUACAAUUUUGAAAAUUCCAGAUGCUGAAUUAAUAGUUCCAAAUACAAAAAAUCUUGAAAAUGAUACAAAUGCAUCUGAAAAAAUAGAAACUGCUACAGAACUCGAUACAACAGAGGCUAAAGAAAAUGUAACAAUUAAUGCACAGGUCGAGCAUUUAGAAAGUAUCACGAAAUUAGAAUCAGAACAAAUCGAAUCAGCAGAAAUCGAGAAAAGCAAAGAAGAAGAUCUUAAGAAAUAUGGUGAUGCUAUAUCGCCUCUAUUUCUUGAAUCAAAUAUAAUAAAUGAACCAAUUACAUCUUCGGAAGAUAUUAGAGCACGUUUAGAUACAGAUACUCAGUCCGAUUUACAAGUAUUAGAUAAGCAAAAUGCAAGUGAAAUUUCAGAUAUCGAGGACAUAAAAGAAGAGACACCCAUUCCCUACGAAUCGAGUAUCGAAAGCAUUUUAUCCGUAAAAGAAAAAGAUUUUUCUGAUGUUUGCACAGCAGAAGAUGUUAAAUGUUCUAUGGAAGACAUACAAAGCGAUUUUACACAUCAGGAACUAGUUACUGAAGACAAUGCUCUGAUGGCUGGGAUACAAAUUGAGAGCAAUUAUUGGAUGAUGCUAAUGUAUUUAACUAUUACCGCUGUCGCUACACUUAUGUUUUCCUUAGGGUAUUAUUGUAUCGAGAACAUGAGAAGAGAUAGGCAACUCAUCGCUAGAGUCAACAAGCUUGAGAAAGAUCUACUUAUCUCAGAAGCGGAAUGUGCAAUGUCGAACGAAAAUUUAAAGUCUACAAAAGAAAAGUUAAGUCGCAUGGAAGAUGAAUCAUUUGGUUCUGACGAGAUGGUACUUUCGUUAAGGGCCGAAUUAGAAGCCUCACAGAAUGUGAAGAUGGAGUUGGAGGAUCAAGUAGCGAUGUUAGAAAAGGACUUGGAAAGUGCUACUGAGGCAGGAUUGGAAUUAGAGAGGAUGUUGAGAGAAGUUCUUUCUACAAACGAUGAUGUUAAUCCCUUAGCUCAGUCUGUAGAGGAUUUGCAAGCUAGAUUGAAUGCUCAACAGGCUGCGAACGAAUCUUUGACGAAUGCUCUUAACUUGAAGACUCAAGAGAACGACUCUUUAAAAGCAGAGCUUGUCUCUGCCAGGAAGAACUACGAAGAGCUUGAAAUUGAAUUCACUCGCCUCAGGGAAGACUUAAAACUCGAAACGAAUCUUAAAAACAGUAUCGAACGAACGUUGACUGAGAAGAUGCAACGAUUAGAAAUGCAAAUUAAGGAAAUUUCUACCGAGAAAGCAGUCCUGCAGAAAGAAUUGAAGACUAAAAAGGCAGAGGCAACGGACCUGGCAGAAGUCAUUAACCGUCUGAAUUCUAAUAAUUUGGAUUUGAACAAAUUAUACGAUGUGUCGCAUGUUAAGGCAGAGGCAACGGCGUUGUUGGAGGAGAGAAAUGAAUUGAAAGUGCGACUAGCAGAGAUCGAAGGAGCUCACAAUUUAUUAGAAGAACACGUGAAGAUGGUUAAAGAGGAGAUGGCUAUUUUAAGCGAACAAUACAAACUGGCGGAGAAGGAGAAGAAGGAUGCUGAAACACGAUUAGAAGUUUUGACGAACUUCUUCGAGGAGAAAGAAGCCCAACGGCAAAAGGAGGAAGCUAUUUGGUUGCAACAGCAGGGUGAAGUUGUAUCCACUGUAGAACGAAUACAGAUAAUGCAAACAGAAAUACAAAAUUAUAAACAACAAAUAGAAAUGCUGAAACGGGAAAUAAUGGACCAAGAAAGAGAAUACAAGAGUCAGAUAUCUCUUCUUGAAACGAAGGCCCAUGAGCAAUGGGUGGUAGCUCGACAAGUGGAACGCCGUUUAGAAGAGUCCAAAGUGGAAGCAGGACAGCUGCGUAAUCGCCUUACGUUAAUAGAGAAGAAUAUUAACGACGUAGACUCCGAAGCUAAAUUACAUCGAUUGGAAGCGAACGGUGAGACGACAACGUCGCCACCGUUAUUCAUAGGAGCAGAAUCCUCCAAUUCUUCUAUGAUGUUUUCCGGCUCCUCAAACGUUCCUCCUCCACCACCUUCCUACUUGCAUUCUCUGUUCCCUCCGUAUUUGCCACCCCCAUUACCGAAUUCUUCGGGGGUACCUCCGUACGAUGUCAGCCAGCGACCACCACCGCUGGGUGGCCGGUUAUCCUCGCCACCACCGAUGCCUCUUCACCCACCAUCUAUUUCCAACAGGUACGACCGCGCCGGUUCCCCGCCGCCAAUGUCCCCCCAUUUACUUCCACCUUUUAAUCACAGAUCCCCGCCGCCUUCGUUUGGUAACGAUAUCCCUCCACCUCCCCCCGGGUCCAUAUUACCGCCACCGCCCCUUGGAGCGCCGCACUCGUGGAGUGAAGACUCGUUGCCGCCUCCACGCAAUCCUGGUUUCCAUCCGGCGCAACAACGGGUUCGAAAUCACAAAGGACGCAAGCGAUUCUCAAAAGUGAGACAGUUUUGGAGCACUAUGGAGGGGAACAAAUAAAUAUAUGUAUCAGGUUGAAUGCUUCGAGGAUUUCGUUCACUAGCUUCGCAGUUUGAUUUUUGUUGUGCAACUUUAGUAUCAUUCGUGUCUUCUUUCAUGGCUUGUCUUUUUCACACUGCUUGUUUCAUGCUAUCUGUUAGUUAGAACCGUUCAAUCGGCUAUCAGUCAUUUACAGACAAUUUUCGUUUGCCAGGUUCCUUGCAUUCUUCGAGAGAGUCACUGGACAAGUUACACCACAACAGUAAAGUCUAAGUUUCUUAUUUUGUUAUAAAUAUACUGUUUAGGAGUUACUCUAAUCGAGUAACAAGCAAGUGAAGCAACAUGCAUUGAUCGAUAGGAGCAUUUACGAAUUGGUGAGAUACAGAAAGAAGAAAGGUAGUUACGAUAAAUUACAUCUGCCGUUCACUGUUGUGGAUUGUAAAUAAAUUUGAUUACUAGGGGUGUAGAGCAGAUUGUAAAAACCGUUUCUUUAUAUAGUUCUAUGUACUUGUCUUCGUUCGACACUGAAACACUUCUUCUUUCAAACGGGGAAUAAAAUUGUAAUAUGAAUCUAGAUUAAACUGCGACUGUUAUAUAAGGUUUUAAAGAAGAUUGAAAUAAAUUGUAAUUUAUUAUUA